AUGGCUGAGAUGGCUGAGGUGGAGGCGGGGGGGCUCAGCGUCGGACGCCCAGCCCGGCGGGGGGCUUCAGAGGGUAACCCCUCCCCUGCAGAGCGCUCCUCCAGCGGGGUGCAAAACGUGGAGUGGACCGCCGCUCCGGCGGACCGGGAGGAGAUGGGCUCGGAGAACCGCUCGGCCCGCAGGAGAACCGCUCGGCCCGCAGGAGAACCGCUCGGCCCUCAGGAGAACCGCUCGGCCCGCAGGAGAACCGCUCGGCCCGCAGGAGAACCGCUCGGCCCUCAGGAGAACCGCUCGGCCCUCAGGAGAACCGCUCGGCCCUCAGGAGAACCGCUCGGCCCUCAGGAGAACCGCUCGGCCCUCAGGAGAACCGCUCGGCCCGCAGGAGAACCGCUCGGCCCUCAGCAGAACCGCUCGGCCCUCAGGAGAACCGCUCGGCCCGCAGGAGAACCGCUCGGCCCUCAGCAGAACCGCUCGGCCCUCAGGAGAACCGCUCGGCCCGCAGGAGAACCGCUCGGCCCUCAGGAGAACCGCUCGGCCCUCAGCAGAACCGCUCGGCCCUCAGGAGAACCGCUCGGCCCGCAGGAGAACCGCUCGGCCCUCAGGAGAACAGCUCGGCCCUCAGGAGAACCGCUCGGCCCGCAGGAGAACCGCUCGGCCCGCAGGAGAACCGCUCGGCCCUCAGGAGAACCGCUCGGCCCUCAGGAGAACCGCUCGGCCCUCAGCAGAACCGCUCGGCCCUCAGGAGAACCGCUCGGCCCGCAGGAGAACCGCUCGGCCCCCAGGAGAACCGCUCGGCCCCCAGGAACCCCCGUGGAACACAGGAGCCCCGUGGAACACAGGAGCCCCCGUGGAACACAGGAGCCCCCGUGGAACACAGGAGCCCCGUGGAACGCAGCCUCUGGGAGGAGAGCGGAGGACACCUUCUGA